CUCAAGGUAAGACCCCCCUUUUCGACCACUGAUCCGUUUCCUCAAGAUGGCCUCUCGACCUGUUGUCAAUGUCCGCUCUCCUGCUGGCGCCUCAUCCGGCACCGUACCCCUACCGGCCGUCUUCACUGUCCCCAUCAGGAACGACGUCAUUGCUGCGAUUCACAAGAACCUGGCCAAGAACAACCGUCAACCUUAUGCCGUAUCAUCCAAGGCUGGUGAACAAACCUCAGCAGAGUCAUGGGGAACUGGUCGUGCAGUUGCUCGUAUCCCCCGUGUCGGAGGGGGUGGUACGCACCGAUCCGGUCAGGCUGCCUUCGGUAACAUGUGUCGAGGUGGUCGUAUGUUCGCGCCAACCAAAAUCUGGCGCAAGUGGCAUGUGAAGACGAACCUCAAGCAACGUCGUUAUGCUACCGUUUCUGCCAUCGCGGCCACUGCUGUCCCCUCCUUGGUGCUUGCUCGAGGUCACCGAAUCGAAAAGGUUCAAGAAAUUCCCUUGGUUGUGUCUGACGAGAUCGAAUCCCUUCAAAAGACUCGUGACGCUGCCAAUGUACUCAAGGCUUUGGCUGCUCAACCCGACGUUCUCAAAGUCUCAUCCUCGCGAACUAUGCGCGCUGGUAAGGGUAAGAUGCGUGGCCGCCGUUACCGACAACGUCGUGGUCCUCUCAUCAUCUACAACGAAGACAAGGGUAUCACUCGUGCAUUCCGCAAUCUUCCCGGUGUUGAAAUCAUCUCCGUUCAUCGCCUGAAUCUCCUCCAACUCGCCCCCGGUGGUCACAUCGGUCGUUUCUGUAUCUGGACCGCUAGUGCCUUUGCUCAGCUCGAUGACCUCUACGGCACCUACGACAAGCCAUCCGCACUCAAAAGCGGUUACUCUCUGCCUAUCUCCAAAGUCGGUAAUGCCGACAUCACACGUGUCAUCAACUCUGACGAAGUCCGAGCUGUUCUCAAGCCAGCUGGGCCAACCCGCAUUCGGCGACCAUUUACCCAGAAGAAGAACCCCCUCAAGAACCGAGCCGUUCUCUUCCGUCUUAACCCUUACGCUAGGGUCGCCAUCCGCAACGAGACCUUGAAGCAAGCCAAGAACCUCAAGGCUGCUGCCGCUGGUCCUCAACCCAAGAAGCACACUGACAAGAUGACCCCUGCCGGUGAAAAGUUCCUCACUACCCUUCUUGCACCUUGAUUCAUUUAUCGUAUGCAAUGUAACAACCUUAUGGCCCUAGUAAUGUGAACUCGAGUCUUAUGGGCGCAAACCGGUC